AGUUAUUAACUACGGUUUGAUCAAUUCUAUAACAUUGCCUUUCUCUGUACCUGCAUUUGUUGAAGAUGAAUAAUAGGGGUGUGGGUUUAUCUGACCCAACAUUCCGAGGUUACACUAGUGGUCAGGCAACUCAGUAUGCUGAAAAUCGUCUGAGUUAUCCAGCUGAGCUAUAUGACUUGAUUAUCCGUUAUCAUGCAGAGUCUAACGGUCGUUUCAUUACUCUACUGGACGUUGGAUGCGGACCAGGAAAUGCAACCCGUGACUUGGCUCCCCAUUUUGAACGCGCAGUAGGAAUUGAUCCCGGGCUAGAAAUGAUCCACGCUGCGCAACGUCUAGGUGGCGUUACCAGGUCGAAUAGUCCUAUUGAAUUCCAGGUUGCGACUGCGGAGGAUUGUUCUCAAUUAGAGAAUGUCGAGAAUGGUGUGGACUUGUUGGUUUCGGCAAUGGCAGCACAUUGGUUUUCUAUGGAGAAGUUUUGGGUAUCUGCUGCAAAGAUUGUGAAUCCAGGAGGCACUGUAGCUCUCUGGACAUGCGCUUCACUGUACUGCCACCCAUCAACACCUCACGCGGCUGAAGUGCAAAAAGCACUUUUCCAUCUUGAAGAAGAUAUUUUGAAGCCUUAUGAACUGCCUUCAAAUCAGCUCUCGCGUGAUCUUUACGAUAAUUUGGUCCUUCCGUGGCACCUGGAUCCUUUUGUUACGGCAUUCCCGAUGAGCGAAUGUCGUCGCCUUGAAUGGGACCGCAAUGGGAUACUAUCCGACGGAAAGGACUUUUUGGUUCGUUCAAAGGAAACAUCAUUGCAAGGAUUAUGGAAUAGCUUAGGCACUGCAAGUAUGGUCACAAGAUGGAGAGCAGCUCAUCCAGAGAAGGCGGGCACAGAAAUGGACUGCGUGAGUAUCACUCUCGCUGAAAUUGAAAAAGCUCUGGGGAACACCUGGUGUGGAGAACUCAAACUGGGCCACUCCACUGUUAUUCUACUCUUUAAGAGGAGGUAGGUCUGUCUAACCUGGUGGAACAGACCGUCGCUUCAUAGUUUCCAGAUUGAUAUGACCUUGGUUGUCAGUGGCUAGUUCUCUAGGAUAGGUUAUAGGUCCGCUGCCAGAAUUCCUUGCAGAGGGCCCCCUUCCGCUAAUAUCGAUUACGAUUUAUUGAAUCUUAUCAAAGGUAUCAUAUCUGGUUUACCGUGUUGGAGGCACUUCCCACCCAGUGACACAAGCUACGAAUUUGACGGGCGGCGGGCUACAAUAUCGAGAAGAGUUUGACAAUUGGAAAUAUAGGCAGGUCAUGGAAGGGGAAAGGUUCAAUUUAUCGUCGGCUCAGUCGGAGACCUCGCAAAGUCGGUUAUACUAGUACUGUUAGCCUUGGAG